AUGCGCUGGUGGAAGCCGCCCCUGGGCCUGGUGCUGGGGGCCUGCGCAGCCGCACUGGUGAUGCUGAGCCUGCUGCUGUUGCCUUCGCCACCGCCACCACCACCCUGCACCUGGUCGCAGGAGCCCCCUGUACUGCGCCCCGCCAUGGUCCCCGCCCGCCUCGCGCCUGUUCCAUGCCCAGCCAACCUCUCAGUGUCGGAGCACCCGGGCUUUGCAGUGCUCCCCGCGCACGUGCGCGACUUCCUGCUCUACAAGCACUGCCGCCGCUUCCCGCUGCUGCAGGCGCCCUCGGGUGACAAGUGCGCGGGGCCCGUCUUCCUUCUGCUCGCCAUCAAGUCCUCGCCGCGCAACCACGAGCGCCGCGAGGCAGUGCGCCAGACCUGGGGCCGCGAGAGGCACGUGCGGGGCGCGCAGCUUCGGCGCCUCUUCCUGGUGGGCACCGAACUCGACCCGCAUCAGGCCCGCAAGGUCAACCGGCUGCUGGAGAUGGAGGCACAGAAGCACGGUGACAUCCUGCAGUGGGACUUCCACGACUCCUUCUUCAACCUCACGCUCAAGCAGGUCCUGUUUCUCGAGUGGCAGGAGACCUGGUGCACCAACGCCAGCUUCGUCCUCAACGGCGACGACGACGUCUUCGCGCACACGGACAACAUGGUCACCUACCUGCAGGGCCACAACCCGGACCGGCACCUAUUCGUGGGUCAACUGAUCCAGAACGUGGGUCCGGUGCGUGUGCCCUGGAGCAAGUACUUCGUGCCCGAACUGGUGACUCCUGCGCGGCACUACCCGCCCUACUGCGGUGGCGGUGGCGUCCUGCUGUCGCGCUUCACCGGGGCAGCGCUGCGCCGCGCUGCUCCGGGCCUCGACCUGUUCCCCAUCGACGACGUGUUCCUGGGCAUGUGCCUGCAGCGUGAGGGGCUGGCGCCCGCCUCCCACACGGGGGUGCGCACAGCCGGCCUACACUCGCCCUCCACGCGCCGUUCCGCCUUCGACCCCUGCUUCUACCGUGAGCUGCUGCUGGUGCACCGUUUCCUGCCCUUCGAGCUGCUGCUCAUGUGGGAUGCGCUCCGCCAGCCUGGCCUCACCUGCGGGCGCCCACACCGUGUGUAUUGA